AUGACGCACCUGCCGGACCUGGCGUUCCAGCGCGCCUCUCUCGUCUCGGUCGCCUUCCCGCGCAGCCUUGCCUCCAUCGGCGAAGGCGCCUUCCACGGCUGUUCCUCGCUCGUCUCCAUCGCCCUCCCCGCCGGCCUCACCUCCAUCGGCAGCCACGCCUUCGCCAGCUGCUCCGCCCUCGUCUCCGUCACCCUCCCUGCCACCCUCACCUCCAUCGGCGAGCAAGCCUUCUACCGCUGCUUGUCUCUCACAUCCGUCACCUUCCCCGCCGGCCUCACCUCGAUCGGCGAGCAAGCCUUCUACGGCUGCUCCUCCCUCGGCUCCGUCUCCCUCCCCGCCAACCUCACCUCCAUCGAAGACUGCGCCUUCUCCGACUGCUCCUCCCUCGUCUCCGUCACCCUCCCCGCCAGCCUCACCUCCAUCGGCAGCCACGCCUUCUGGGACUGCUCCGCCCUCACCCGCGUCACCUUCGCUGCCAGCCUCACCUCCAUCGGCGACGAAGCCUUCUACCUCUGCUCCGCCCUCUCCUCCGUCACCUUCCCCGCUGGCCUUACUACCAUCGGCAGCCACGCCUUCUACCUCUGCUCCUCCCUCACCCGCGUCACCGUGCCAGACACUGCCACGAUCGGCGCCCACGCCUUCCUGCCCGCCACCACCGUCCUCCGCCUCUCGCCCGCAAGCAUGCGCGACCUGCAGCGCUGGUACGAGGCGGUGGACGGGGCUCUGGCCUACAAGCGCUGCCGCCCCCUCCUCUACGGCUGGCUAGAGCGGGCCCAGACCAGGCUCGGCUCUUACGGCCCGGACGGCGCGGCGCGCCAGCGCGACCUCGAGGAGUUCGAGGGCGACUUUGCGCCGCUUGUAGAGUGA